CUUUGACAUCGUUCCGUUCCGCAUGCUUCUGGGACAGCAAAUGAUGAUUACAUUUUCCUAGAUGACGUAGUUUGCGGUUGGGGCUAGGAAAUGCGAUAUCGGCUUACAGUUAUACAAGCCAGCUUUUGUGGCAAAAUAGUUCAAAAACGCACACCCAACGUACGAGUAUCCAUCCACGCUGAUCUGCGGGCAGAGGUGGUGAGCACUAAUCCCAUGAUUGGGCACAGUGUCGUCUGUGGAAGUACAUCUCAAUGGGCCCAUUGACAGACAGAGCGUCUGACAGAGUGCUGCCCACGCUGAGGGGCCAGCAGAGAUCAGAUCAGAUCAGAGCUGAGCAGAGCAGAUCAGUCAGUAUCGUUCUUCGUCAACAUGGGAAGAGAUGUGCGCGGUGGCUCUCUUGGGAGAUCUCUCGCCUACCCCAACCACAUAAAACGUGUGCACCCCCAGGCGGUGGCAAUCAGUUCACUCCAGAUACCGCGCUCGCCCCCACACCACAACGCGAUUUGCAAUUAAGUUGAUUUACCUACUUGACAGUCGAUCCGCAGUCCGCAGUGCCCCGUCCCCAGUCCGCGUUCCAAAGUCUCCGUCUCCAGAGCAGCUCCAAGAGCUGCAGGCGUGCGCAGUCAACGCUCGGGAUAAUUAGCAGAUUGUUAAAUACGAAGAACAAAGGUCUCGCUGGAAGUUGUCUUUAUCGAUCGAAAUCAUUGCCAGCAGGAAACCAGACAGCAAUACAAGAGCUCUUCAAAUGGUAAACAACUUGUUAUUUCUCUGAGUGAAGGCGAUUCGGGGUAUCGUGUCGUUUCCAUUGAAAUUCGGUUCGGUUUGAUCCAAUCGAAACCAAAUUCAACCGAAUCCAAGUAUCUCUAUGGGAAUCGAAAGAAGAUAUAUUUAUAUAUGAACAUUGUACUUCAAGUGAAAAAAACCCUCUCCCCCAUUACCGUGUUAAAUUUCCAAUGAAACGCAACUUUAGUUCAACUUUCAACGUAUAGAUAUCCGUUCCAGUACCCAACUAAAUUAGUGAAAUAAAACUUUUGUCAAUCGGCUGGAAAGCAUUUAACAAGGCAUACAAGUACAGGUGACACUUUACCCUUACGACGGGGCCCACUCUCCACUCUCCACUCACCUCUCCGCACCCCACUCGUGGGGCAUGGGAUUCAAUCAACUUCGAUGAGCAACAGUUUGUUGCAAUUUAAGUUACUCUUUGCCACCAGUCCAGCUCCAUUCCGCCACGCCCCAUGUGGCCGGCACAGGCACGAGGCUGCACACACACGAAGGGGCUUGCUGCCGAGGACUUCGUGGCGCCCGCCUGCGCAUCGCGCGUAUAAAAGGACCACUCCGGCCGGAGGAUUCAUCAGUUGGCCCAGCGAAGCGGCGCGCGUCUCUCAAUUCGAGGACCAAGGGACCCCCUCCAACAGUGUUCUUAAGUUCCAAAGUGUCCGAAAAACAAAUAAGAAUGUGUGACAAUUGAAAUUGUGGCUAUUGAAAUUUCUAUUAAAAUUCUAUUGACGAAAUUAAUGGCCAGCAGAGGCAUUGAAGCCUCCUCCAGUCCGCCGGAACCGUGCAGCAUGUGAGAGGCCGAGUGGCGAAAUGCCAUUUUCACGUCCACAGCGCUAAACGGGCCGGAAAAGAUAGAGGAAACUGCGAGGAAGCAGCCCAUCCAGAGAGCAGCAGAGGACCGAGGACCGAGGACGAGACCUUGGCAACUCCCACCCCUGUUUCGCCCCUGGCCCCUGAGCUGACUGAGGAGCGAUUCCGGCUGGCUACGCUAGUGCCGCGAUCGGCGUACACGGCCACGCCUCCCGCCCAGGCCCAGGCCAAGGCACAGGCAGAGGGACAAGCAGCAGCCGAUCCCUGCCCCAGAACGAUGGAACGAAGCGCGAGUGUCAAUAACAGCUCCGAGUUCGGCGGCGGCCACAGCUCAGCCUCGACGGCGGGCAGAUCCACGGCCACGCCCUGGACGAACAACAAGGAGUCACCGAACAACGAGGAUGACUCGAACGAGGACGAUGGCGACACACUUGCCACACCCGCCAAGGUCACCGAUCCGCUGGCCCCGCGUCUGGCCAACAAUGAGCGUGUGCUGGUUGUGUCCGUGACGGAGCGUACCCGCGAGACUUGGGGCCAGAAGGCCGAGUUCCUGCUGGCCGUCAUCGGCUUUGCCGUCGAUCUGGGCAACGUGUGGCGUUUCCCCUAUAUCUGCUACCAGAACGGCGGCGGUGCCUUCCUGGUGCCCUACUGCCUCUUCCUCAUCUUCGGCGGCCUGCCGCUGUUCUACAUGGAAUUGGCCCUCGGACAAUUUCAUCGAUGCGGCUGCCUAAGCAUCUGGAAGCGCAUCUGUCCGGCCCUAAAAGGUGUUGGCUAUGCGAUUUGUUUAAUCGACAUCUAUAUGGGGAUGUACUACAACACAAUUAUUGGAUGGGCGGUCUACUAUCUGUUUGCCUCAUUCACCUCGAAGCUGCCGUGGACGUCGUGCGAUAAUCCGUGGAACACGGACAACUGUAUGCCCGUGACCAGCGAAAACUUCACCGAAUUGGCCACCUCGCCAGCCAAAGAGUUCUUCGAGCGCCGAGUCCUGGAGAGCUACAAGGGCAACGGUCUGGACUACAUGGGACCCGUGAAGCCCACCCUGGCUCUGUGUGUCUUCGGGGUCUUUGUGCUGGUGUACUUCUCGCUGUGGAAGGGUGUGCGGAGUGCCGGAAAGGUGGUUUGGGUGACGGCCUUGGCCCCGUAUGUGGUGCUGAUCAUCCUCCUGGUGCGCGGAGUCUCACUGCCUGGCGCCGAUGAGGGCAUCAAGUACUACCUGACGCCCGAGUGGCACAAGCUGAAGAACUCCAAGGUCUGGAUAGAUGCCGCCUCGCAGAUCUUCUUCUCUCUGGGCCCCGGCUUCGGCACACUCCUCGCCCUCUCCAGCUACAACAAAUUCAACAACAACUGCUAUCGAGAUGCCCUCAUAACGAGCACCAUUAACUGCCUGACCAGCUUCCUGGCCGGAUUCGUCAUCUUCUCGGUCUUGGGAUACAUGGCCUAUGUGCAAAAGACAUCCAUUGAUAAGGUGGGGCUGGAGGGGCCUGGGCUGGUGUUCAUCGUCUACCCCGAGGCCAUAGCCACGAUGAGCGGCUCUGUGUUCUGGAGCAUCAUAUUCUUCCUGAUGCUCAUCACCCUGGGCUUGGACAGCACCUUUGGGGGCCUGGAGGCCAUGAUAACGGCGCUGUGCGACGAGUAUCCCCGUGCGAUUGGCAGGCGUCGGGAGCUGUUUGUCCUGCUGCUGCUCGUCUUCAUCUUCCUGUGCGCCCUGCCCACAAUGACCUAUGGAGGCGUUGUCCUGGUCAACUUCCUGAAUGUCUACGGGCCCGGCCUGGCCAUCCUCUUUGUGGUGUUCGUGGAGGCUGCCGGAGUGUUCUGGUUCUACGGCGUGGACCGCUUUAGCUCCGAUGUGGAGCAGAUGCUGGGCUCCAAGCCGGGACUGUUCUGGCGCAUCUGCUGGACCUACAUCAGUCCGGUGUUCCUGCUGACAAUAUUCAUAUUCUCGAUCCUGGGCUACAAGGAGAUGCUGGGCGAGGAGUACUACUAUCCGGACUGGAGCUACAAGGUGGGCUGGGCAGUGACCUGCUCCUCCGUGCUGUGCAUACCCAUGUACAUCAUCUACAAGUUUUGCUUUGCGACCAAGGGUGAUUGCCGGCAGCGGCUGAAGGAUUCCUUCCAGCCGGACGACAGCAGUGGCUCGGUGGUCCCCGGCCAGCAGGGCACCUCGGUGUGACAUGACAACGUCGUGCACUUGAACAUCCACACCAACAGGACCAAGAUCAAGAUAUAUAAUUUGAAUUGUAAAAGCUUUUCACCAACAACGACAGUACCAGUACCCCUCGAAGAGAGCAGCAGCAAUAGGCUGCUGAAUAGCUACCACUCCUACCACACAAAUAAUCUUAGCUACCACUAUCCAGAUCCAGACGCAGAUCCCACAAAGCACACCCACACCCCGAAUGGGGUGGAUCAGAAUUGGAUCGACAAUGAUAUUAUUACGUAUAGCGCUAGUGCUAGUGCUAGUGUUAGGCCCUCGCAUUCGCAUAGCCAUAAUAGUUUAGGUCUCCAUAGCAGGACCCCCUUUGCUGCCACUGCUGGCGAGGACAAUAACUACGGCCUGAGGCUCGGCAGCUGCAAGCCGCUGAAGUUUCCCCUGGCCAGCGAGUGGCUGGUUUGAAGGAGCAUCCGCGACGAUAGCAUCCACGAAAGCUCUGCAAGCAGCCAUUUUGCAGGGCUUUCCCGAGGUGCACGGUGUGCGUGUCCUCCACUUGGUACCAAAUUACAGGACAGGUGUACUCUUUCACGUUUAGUUUGUAAGCGUUAAGCGUAGCUAAGCUCGUAAGUAAAGCGACAUUUGGUAAAAUGCUUUCAUAGAAAACUAGUAGAUACAUAAAAUACAUUCUCGAAACACCCUGUACAAUGCCUGCACUUACACAAAACAUUUCCCUCUGUUGUCGGUUAGAGGAACAAUCGUAAGACAGCCAUUUACAUUGUUUUUCUAACGCGUGUUCGUUGAUGUUAAAAUUAAAUAAUAAAUAUUCCAUACAUAUUAUUUCGGUUAUACGAAAUAAGAAAACACA